UAUGAUCCGACUUGAUCAUCAACAGGUUCUGCUUUGUCCUUCGAGACAUAAAUUCAGGAUCCCCCCUACAAAUUUAGAGUCGCAAGGAGACCUCUGACCAAUGGCGGGUUAUCCUCCCACAACAGGGGCCUACCCUCAAGGUCAGCCCGUGCAAGCGGGGCUCCCACCGCCUGCAGCUCCCAUGUAUGGAGUCCCGACACCUCCUGUCUAUGGAGCGCCCGCGCCGGUUGCACCAAGCCAGUGGCAGGCCGGCUUCUUCGGAUGUUUCGAGGACUGCGGCCUCUGUAUUGUCACCUGCUUCGUGCCUUGCAUCACCUUUGGACAAACCGCAGAGGUGAUCGACAAUGGAGUCACAUCCUGUGCAACCGCCGCCGCGAUCUGCUGCUUGAUCGAGGCCGUCACAAGCUGCAGCUGUUUCUACUCCUGCACCUACAGGAAGAAAUUGCGCCUUCGCUUCGGGUUGCCAGAGGAGCCGUGCAACGACGUCUGCGUGCACUGCUGCUGUUGGUGCUGCGCUUUCAUCCAGGAGUACCGCGAGCUCCAGCUCCGUGGCAUCGACCCAGCAAAGGGCUACCAGGCGUAUGCUUCACAUCCUGUCCAGCAGGUUCCGAUGCAGCAGUAUAUGCGAAAGGAGUGAUUGGGUAUCGAUGUGUUAUUGUAAUUUGCCCAAAUACGGUUCCCGCUACUUUCAGGCAAAGACGUGAAUAUGCCCGGUAAUUCCGCAUUGCACUAAAGUCAACAUAGUCAGUUACGAUAGACCGCGACUUCCGAGUCUUCAGAAUUGGUUGCGAUUUAUCUUAACUUCUUUAGUGUCCUUUGAUGCUAAGUGAUAGAAAUAGGGGAUCGAUGAUUAUUGAAAGCAGAUUAAGAUAGGUGAUUUGAAGGUCUCGAAUUGAUCGGACCGCGCCGUUUAGUCAAAGGUAUGAGCAAGGGGCGGCGUCAUACGACUAGCUUUUAUGCAAAUAUGGGUCACAAGUUGCUUUCUUAGCAAGCCCUGCCCAUGAGCCGGGUGUUAGAAUUGUCGUUGGGGACCAUUGCCGUUUCCUGCUCCCUGACUUGGAGGGAUCCGGAACGUCAGAUUUCUACUUCUGUAGCACAAUCUAGGACGCAUCUUAAAAGUUUAAAUAGUGUCUUCUUGGGCGCUCGUGCUACCUAUGUGGUACGGCCUUGUAGAAUUAAACAUGAAGUCCCGACCUUGCCUCGCCUCAACAGAGACAACCCCCAAUACUCCAUCUACGUAAUUGUCAAUGUGCCGUAGGAAUGCAACCCGCUAUCUU